AUGGUUGCUUCACAAAACGACGGUGGCAGAAGCAUGGGAGGCGGUGGCGGCGAUGGCGGCGGCGGCGGCGGCGGCGACGACACGGUUUACACGGUGACCGUGAGCGGGGUCGGUUACAGAAAUGAGGGUUACAAGGACGACGGCACCGACGGCAUACCGCCGGAGCCGCAAAAGCCGCCGCAGCUGCCGGCCGCGGACGACGACACGCAGUCGCGGAAGUUCAAGCUGUCGCGCGGCGAAAAGUGGCGUAUCCUGAAGAACAUCGGCACCGUGUCGAUCGCCUUCAUGGUGCAGUUCACCGCGUUCCAGGGCACGGCGAACCUCCAAUCGUCGAUCAACGCCAGCGACGGCCUCGGCACGGUCUCGCUCUCAGCGAUCUAUGCCGCCCUGGUGCUCUCCUGCAUCUUCGUGCCGACCUUCCUCAUUAAGAGGCUCACCGUCAAGUGGACCCUCUGCGUGUCCAUGCUGUGCUACGCGCCGUACAUCGGCUCCCAAUUUUAUCCCAAGUUUUACACCCUCGUGCCGGCCGGCGUUCUUUUGGGUCUCGGCGCCGCGCCCAUGUGGGCCGCCAAGGCCACGUAUCUCACGCAAGUCGGCGGCGUCUACGCCAAGAUCACCGACCAGCCGGUCGACGCCAUCGUCGUACGGUUCUUCGGAUUCUUCUUCUUGGCGUGGCAGACGGCCGAGCUCUGGGGCAACCUCAUCUCCUCGCUCGUGCUGAGCGACGGCGGCCACGGCGGCGGCGGCGGCGGCAGCAGCAGCAACAGCACGGACAGCUGGGACAAGAUCAAGCUGUGUGGCGCCGAUUUCUGCAUCCUCGGCAACGGAGGUCACGAGAACCUGGAACGGCCGCCGGAGUCGGAGAUCUACGAGAUCUCUGCGAUCUACCUCACCUGCAUCAUCGUCGCGGUGAUCAUCGUCGCGCUGUUCGUCGAUCCGCUCUCCAGGUACGGCGAGAAGCAACGGCGCUCGGACAGCCAAGAGCUCAGCGGCAUCCAGUUGCUCUCAGCUACGGCUUACCAGUUGAAGAAACCCUACCAGCAGCUGCUGAUACCCAUCACGGUAUGGAUCGGCAUGGAGCAGGCGUUCAUCGGCGCCGACUUCACGCAGGCGUACAUCUCCUGCGCCCUGGGUGUCCACAGGGUCGGCUACGUCAUGAUCUGCUUCGGGGUGGUCAAUGCCGGCUGCUCCUUGCUGUUCGGCUCGUUAAUGAAAUUCGUCGGCCGACAGCCGCUGAUGGCACUGGGUGCCAUCGUUCACGCCUCCCUCGUGGUCGUCCUCCUCAUGUGGAAGCCUCACCCUGACAAUCCCUAUGUUUUUUAUUCCGUCUCCGGCCUGUGGGGUGUGGGCGACGCCGUGUGGCAGACGCAAGUUAACGGACUCUAUGGCACGCUCUUCAGGCGCAACAAGGAGGCGGCCUUCUCCAACUACAGGCUGUGGGAGAGCGCCGGCUUCGUGAUCGCCUACGCGUACAGCACGCACCUCUGCGCCCGUAUGAAGCUGUACGUGAUGCUGACGGUGCUGAUCACCGGCACAAUGGGCUACAUCGUGGUCGAGCUGCUGCACAGGCGCAAGCAACGGCGGCUCAAGGCAAUCGCCGAGGACCCGAAGGCCGCCCAGGCCGAGGCGAAUCAGCCAGAGGAGACCGACGACGAGAAGGACGACCUCGACGACGAGAUCAUCAUCACCCACUUGUGAGCGACCACGUCGACGACAUGGUCGUUCCUCCUCAUCUUCGCAUCACGACCGUCCGUCUCGUCGACGGGGAAAUCGCCAAUCCGAUGAACUCUUCCUCCACCUCCCACCCCAUCAUUCCCGACCGCGGGAUCAGCUCUACCCGUCGCGAUUCCCUGUCGACGAGGACCACGAUGUGAGGGGAACGCGCACCAUCACGACGCAUCCGAGACGACGUGGAGUCGUGCGCACGAGAAAGAGAGAGAAAGAGGAUUCGCGUCGCGGAGGUCCAAGGCAGGCACGACCAAGGCUCUCGCGGGCUGUGACUCGUGUACGUGUAUCUUCCACGAUGAAGUGGAAGCGCCUGGCGUCGCUAGGCUCCGCCACGCGGACGCUUCUUCGCGAGGAAACGCGUCAGGUGUGUCGGCAACCCGGGCUUUCUUCUCCUGCUCGACGGGAGCGGAACGAGUCGAUGAAGAAUAACGCCGAUCUACGCUUGUGUGGUGCUAAGGAACGCGUCGCAGAGGUCUUUCUCGUGUUACCGCGAGUGUGGGAUUUCUGCCGCCGUAGCUCGAGGUCUUCGAAUCGCAGCGAGACACGUGCACGGGAACCAUCCCGAUCGCGACGGCGAUGUUCGCGAUUGAGUGCGCAGUAUCAUACGCAGACAGUGCAUUAACUUCUUUCGAGUUCGCAUGGUAUUUAUUACGCGCAGGAUAUUGUCGAAUAGUGUUCACGACGGCGCCGGAAACGGCAAUCGUUAUUCGCCGUCGUGAAGAGCGAACGUACUUCUUGCGGAUUGCGGAACGGUGUCGAGGGUUUUACGCGUCGAUGAUCGCUGGAGCUCUGCAUCGGCUUCUCGAUCGUGAAAUCUUGAAAUUUCAGCAUUUACAUUCUACUUCUGAGAGCGCGUCCCAUUAGUCGCUUCGGCGCCUUUUAUUUUGCAGACACAAAGGGACACGCCGGGACACACCGGUGCCAGUUUGAUGCGUUCAGCGGUCUUUGCUAAUUGAUCGCCCACAAACUUUUCUACUGCGAGGGCUACUUAGUCAACAGCAAUUUGCAAAGACCACUGUGUGCAUCGUGUUUAAAUAAAAAUACACACGACUCGUGUCUGCAAUCCGUAAGUAAUGCGAAUCGGCAUAAGAGUCGACGAAAAUUGGUCGUAUUUGAAUUUACACAAUACUCUGCUCUCAAAAAAAAAAGAAAAUGGAGAAGAAAAAUAUGAGAAGAAAGAAACCCAGUCGCCCGCGCUUACGUCAAUGAACGGCGCUCGAACAAAUAAUGAAUGUCGUUUAUCGGUCACGUCGGCGCAGCGAGAUUCCCUCGCAUUUUUCGUGCGCGGAAUCUACGCGGACAGCACGUGGGGCGUGAGUGUUGGUCUGUAACAGUAUUCUACCUGCAAAGAAAAGGCGAACUAAAAGGAAUAGACGGAGGUUCAUUCAGAAAGCGAGGCUGAAUCCCGUCUGAUCGUCGGAGAUUCAAGUCAUGAUUCAUUGGAACGUCUUUUGGACAUUCUUUCCUCUCGCUUCAUAACGGCAAAUUUAUUUUGCGAUUGCCGGAUUAAACAGAUUAUUUUUCUCGCAAGAAUGAAGAGUAAACUUUUUCUUUUUCUUUUUUUGCCAUUCGUCGAAUCACGUUGCCUUUUUAAAGAAAAAAUACUAACCAACUGAAAAAGUCGAGGGAUUCGUGUAUCUGAAACUGGGAGAUUGAAAACCUCGCGGAGCGAAACUCUGCCGAUUUCUACCGCUCGACCUAUUUUCUGCGGGGACCUUAUCGCUUGCCCUUUAGAGACCGGAGGAAGAGGAAAAGGUGUAAGAAACAUAUCAAGUUACUAGAAACACACCGUAAUCCGCUUGGAUACAACGUUCCGUCCUACCUAUACGGUAGCUCAAGAGUCUACGACAUAAGCUUAAGGAUACGAUCCUAGCAAAAUCCAUUGCGAGUCGCCGUGUACCGAUAGAGCGUCUCUCGUCUCUCUGAUCGACAUUAAAACGCGUGAGAUUGUAGGGAAACGUAAAUGGAAUUUUUCGAUUCAUCGUUCUUAUGUGGUCACUCUUUUUUUAAGUCGAUAUAACUUGGAACGAAUAUCACGAUCGUAUUCUACUGAAGCGUAUAUAUCUUGUUGCACGUUUAUUUAUAAAAGGAUUGUCGGUACGUGAGAAUAUUAAAAACUCGUUAUUUAUAUCGCAGAGCGGCGAGGUUAGAGGAAUUCCGUACAAAUAUUCCGAUUAAUACUCCAGCUUAUUAAUUUCCAUCGGGCAUCCCGCUGUGCAAUUAUGAGCGCGCGCGCGCGCACAGAGAGAGAGAGAGAGAGAGAGAGAGAGAGAGAGAGAGAGCAACUGUUAAAAAUAACUCUGUUUUCUCAUAAACUGUGUAAUUCCGUGGAAUGGCAGAGAGAGAGUCGUCCUUAAUCGAUGCUGCGAUGCUAUCAGCUUGUGCAUGAGUAUGAGAAUGUCCAUCGGAACAAAUGCCCGCCGCUUUUACUAUGUUGUAUCGCCGAUUUCAAGACGAUCACAUUAGCCGAAAAUGCCGUCGAAGCAAAUCAAUCUGAUACAUGCAACCGCUUUGUUCCUCUUCAUCAUCGCGCUUAUCUGACGUUCACCGAGGCAUGCGACGAUAAAGCACCGACGAAGUCCUCGCGUCGCGUUAGCGAGCGACGAAGAAGGAGCGAGCGAGCGUUUCCCCGACGAGCGUCUGCGACCACUUUUUCCCGCGGUGGCGCGGACGAGAACGGGACGGGCAAGAAACCGGGGAGGACAGGAAACUCGCGAACGAGAAUUCCGUCUCUCCUCCUCUCGAAAGGUAGGAGGAGGAUAUUCAGCCUCGCGUCGACUAUUUAUAUACCGGUGAUACUUAUCCGUCCGUCCGUCUGUCCGUCCGUCCAACCGACCGACCGACCGACACGGUCCAGUCAGCUUCCAACGACGCGGCCCCGCGCCGCGUCCAUUUCGUUACCUUCUUAUUACACCCAUCCACCUGCUUGCUCGUUUCCCGCGCUACUACCACCACCGGCAACUACUGACUCGGCAACCUGUCGGGGAGCGACGCGACGCGACGCGAUUUUCUGUGUGCCGUCUCUCUCCGCGCGCGAGGAGGGCUCCUUAAUGAUCGCUGUGUGUUGGAAGCCGCGCGCCGGACGAACGCGGAACGCGCCGCGCGUAACGGCGCUCGCUUUGCUCGCUUUUACCUCGCUUUUACGCGCGUCGGUCCUCUCCUUUCUUUUCUUUGCUUUCUCUCUCCUUUUUUUAACCUUUCUCUCUCUCUCUCUCUCUCUCUCUCUCUCUCUCUCUCUCUCUCUCCCUCUCUCUCCCUCUCCUUGUUCCUCUCUUGCCCGCUCGUCAUUUUCUCAAUGCCGCGAAAAGUAUUACGGUUCCUCGACGGGGCCGCUUUUUUUAAUUCUACACGCGCUCAUCGCGCCCUCUCUCUUCCUCCCUCCAUCGCGGUAAAUAUCCUCGCCGCUGGAGUCCUGAAAGUGGAAUGAAACGAACGACGGCGAUCAGUAUUAAUCACGCUAAGUGAAACGACGCGACCGGUCGCAAUCAAUGAUUUCCUCGUGUAUCCCAUUUGACGCGUGUUCGCAGGUAUCAAGCGAUCACGACGCUUUGUCGGGAGAAACGUAAUUCUUUUCCGCGUUAUCGAGAUAACGUAAGGAUUCUCUCUACCGGUGUCAUGUUUUGGCGAGGAACCGUCAUGCGGCGCAUUACUUUCUCACGUAUCUUUCGCAGAGACAAUACCGCGCGGACUUUCUUUUUUUUCUUCUGCAAAAAUUGCGCAUGAAUGCGAGGUCAAGUGCGAGCGACGACUCAAAAUCGGAGACGCUCGUGUCGGGGAGCGAUGUGUUCUACCGCAAACGCGCCGACGACACACCUUCACAUAUUAUACAUACUUUAUACAUGCCUUAUUACACGUAGGAUAUCCUCUUUCGUAGUGAUAUCGAGAAUGAAUGUCUCCUGCAGCAUUCUGUCAGCUCUAUCUUACAUAUAUCCUCCCCGCUAUUUGUUGCAUCACGAACAUUGUAGAUUUAAGUAGCUCAAGUUAUCUGGUUGUAGCGGCGGGUGAGUGGGAUUAGCGUCGAGGGAGGCCGAGGGAACGACGAGCAGGUGAUUGGAGGUGUGCGCGUUAGAGUUUAUCGUGUUGAAUUCAAGCGCAUGACAAUAAAUCGGCGAGCCUCGUUUGAGAUCAGACCCAGCCUCCGAUCCCAUUCAUUCGUGAUCGCUGCACACUGUUAAUACUGCAACUAUAAUUUACGGCACGAGACACGUGAGCGAACGUCGACGAGACGAAUGAUCAAGAACUUGCGUGCGUGUGUAUGCGUGCGUGUGUGCGUGCGUGCGUGUGUGUGUGUGUGUGUGUAAAGGGGAGUUUCGUUCUCAGAGAGAUUUUGAUUCUCAGAGACACCUUGUGUUUCCAUCUUGUCAGAUCAUAUCUGCAUCUUGAAUGCUUCAAGGAAAAGACAUGGUUUACUGGGGACCACGAUCUAACAAAUAGCUUUAAGCCUGCGAGAUUAGACUUUCUAGAUACUUUACUGAAAGAUAUUAGAUUUCAGUGAACCCUCCUCCCUUCCCCCACUGAUAUUUACGGCGCGUUUAUGUGCAAUAUAAAUAUAUAUAUAUAUAUAUAUACACAAAUGAUUGUUUAUGAGCGGAAUGCGUAUAGAGAGUUUCACGUCAUUCCGAGCCGACGACACAGAGAUCCACGUUAGUUUACGUUCUUUCUGCUCUUAUUGAGAUUUGUAAAUACCCAAUUAGUAGUAUUAAUCAGUAGGCGUAACUAUGCAAAAACGAAGGGAGCAACUGGACCUCGCUUUACACAUCGAGCAAGUCUUAUACACGUUGUUUUCUGUUAUUUUUAUUUAACUACGUUCGUGCACGUCGAGGAAGCAUGCAAAAGCCCGAGCAUUCGCGCCGUCGCAAACGAACGGAUCAUGCGGAUUUGCCACUUUUAGGACACGUACGAACACGGUUGUUAUUAUACAUAUAUCCUUAGAUGAACUAAGAGGAUUCGGCGUAUCUGCUAAGUUUGUUGUUUUACCUACGAUGUAAGAUGUCCGGCGCGCCGAUUGCUGUUGACGCGUCCCCAAA